AUGGGCGAGCAUAAUCUCCUUAAUCCGGGGUUUGUGGGACCUUUGGUAAACAUCCACACCGGAGACACCUUUUAUUUCCCCAAUUUUCGAGCCUCGGGGGGACAACUGGCGGGGCUGCCGUCUCUCUCCUACCCGAGGAGGGACAAUGUUUGCUCCCUCCCGUGGAAUGCUUCGGAGCCGUGCAAUGGAUACUCCCAGUCGUACUUCAGCAGCCCGGUGUCCAUUAACCCCACGUUCAAUCGCUCGUGUGAGAUCAGCAGAGCCGAGGAAUCAAAGUGUUACUACAGCAACGGAAGUAGGGAAGCUUGCGGAAGCGGCGGCGGCGGCUCAGGUGGCCUGAAACGGGAGGACAGAGCGAGGGACUCAUCCUCCACAUCCCUAUCAUCCGAGCACGGGAUGCACACCGGGAUCGGCCCCACCGCCUCCGCAGCCUCCGCAGCCUCCGCAGCCGCCUUCUCCAAGUACGAAUACGGCACCGAGCAAUUGACGCAGGAUCCUCCGUCCUGUCAGUCCAUGGAGUCCGAUUCCAGCUCCUCCUUGCUCAAUGAGACCGGCAAGCCUCCAUCCACCGACACGCAGAGCCUGGUGUCACCGGGAAGCCAUGCGAGUAAUCUGGCUGCAGGCGGAGGCGCCCCGUGGUAUCCGAUGCACACCCGGACCAGGAAAAAACGCAAACCUUAUUCCAAACUCCAGCUGGCGGAGCUGGAGGGUGAAUUCAUGCUCAACGAGUUCAUCACCAGGCAGCGGCGGAGGGAGCUCUCAGACCGGCUCAACCUCAGCGACCAACAGGUCAAGAUCUGGUUCCAGAACCGCAGGAUGAAGAAGAAGAGACUCAUGCUGAGGGAGCAAGCCCUGGCCUACUUUUAG